UCUUGUUUUUAGUUUCAUUCUUCAAAUUCUUUACACGUUUUUCAAAAAUCAUCAUUUUAUAUAUAUUUUUCCUUCGUGUAUUUUAAACUUUUAUUAAAAUAUAGAAAGAUUGUAAUUUGGUGUUAAUUGGAAAGUCAGUUCCUAUUAAUUGUAAACGAUAAAUGUAUAUAUUUUUAGAAUUAUACUACUGCUAAACAUUGCUAGUAAACGUAGUAGUACUACAACAAUUACUGCUUUGGUUGUAAUUUGUGACAAUGUGAUACAUAAUGGCUGAAGAAAGAAAGAAAGUAUCGACAGAACAAUUAAGGAUACUGGUGGAGGAAAUAGAGAAAGACUCCACUCUAUUAAUCGGCAGACCGGGCGGCCGAGCGCCAAUCAAACGAGAGUACUCAGAAAAAUGGGAAAUCCUCGCCAAAAGAUUAAACUGUGUUGAAAAUGGAGCUGUCAAAAAUGUUUCAAAGUGGCAGCAGUCACUGCGCGACUGGAAGUCCAAUACUAAAAAGAAAGCUGCGAAAAUAAUGAAAGAUAAAAGCUGUCAGAGUGAUGUAAAUCAAGAGUUGACUAGUUUGGAGCAGCGGCUGCUCAAUCUUUAUGAUGAAGACCACUCUCCAGUGAAAACUAGUGGCAUUGACAUCAGUUAUAUAGCAGAAAUAGACCCGCUGUCGUCAGAUGACAGUAUGGAAGAACAUGUGUGGAAUGAAAUGGAGUCAAUAUGUGUACCUAAUGAACUUAAUAUAACCAAGAGCAGUAUAGCAACUGAGUGUGAAAGAGAAAAAGAGAAAUUAGGAAAUGGUGAAGAUCAAAGAGACAUACUGGCGCGACUAUCAGCAAUCGAAGCCUCUCAACAAGAGAUGGAGAAAUGUCACCACGAACAUGUGAAGGCCAUGAUUGCAGCAUUAAAAAGCCAUACAGUAGUGGCGUUACGCCAGUCUAAAGCUAUGGAGGCACAGACACAGGCUAUAUUGAAAUUACUAGAAAGAAGAGGAUAGCUGCCAAUAAUUUAUCAUUUAUUAUUUAAGGAAAAAAAAAAGAGAGAAAUAUUUAUUUUUAAUGCUUAAUUUCACACAGUAACAAAAAACAUUCAACAAUAAACAGAAAUGAAAAAUCACUAAAAUAGUGUCACUCAGCUAUAUGCCAUGUUCUUUCGAACAUGACGUUGAUUUUCAGUGGCAACAAUUUGUUAGAGAGAGAGAGUUGGUAAUAUAAAAUAGAACUUUACUUUAGUAGGAUCUGGGAGAAAGAAAGGUGUUGAAUAUCGCUGGAAGUGGCCUGUAAGCACGACAUAAGUUAUGAAAGUUGAUGAAACAAUAGAUGUAUAUAAGUAUUUUACUAGAGGGAGACUUUGUACAAAAGUCCAAAAAGUUAUCUUUGUACGAAAUGGGGGUACCUCUGUCCCAUCCGUGUUUCUGCCGAGAAGCAACUGUCAUUACAUGGCUGUUUCACUUUGAAGAUAUGAUAUGAUAUGGCAGUGAAUGCCGUAGUUCUCAAAAAUAUCAACUUGUGAGAAAUACUAAGAGCAUCACAGAGAAACCUGCAAUGUCCAUGGAUCUAUUUAUGUCUAUAGAUAACGGUUACCACUUUACAUCAAGUAAAUCAUCAAAUUUAACUUUCAAAUAGACUUGAAAUAUCAACUUGUUUACCAUUCUAAGUAUCAUAUGGAAGAACUAAGUUCUAUCUACCUACCCCACAGGAAACAUAGCGUGAAGAGAGAUAAGAUAUAUAUAAUAGUAUAAUAUGAAUCAUAAUUGGAAUUGAGUCAAAGCUUUUAAGCUCGAGAACAUUGUAUGGUUGUAUGUAUUGAUGACUGAUUAAUUAAGAAGAAUUGAAAAUAAAUAUUUAAAUGUUACAUAGACUUUAAAGCCCAAUUUAUAAUGUAAUAAGAAUUUACGAGGAAAUAUAAAUCUGUUUAAA